AUGAAUGAAAAAUCUCACUCCAUGCACGCAGAGCAAGAGCUCGCUGCGUCCUACUCGCUGGAUGGCAGCACCAUCGGCUUCGAUGAUGGCCAUCUGGUUCGCAUGUCCGAAAUAAUCCCUGAUUUUUCGGACAUGAUAAAAAGAGCUCGACGAGCCGCCCUCUUUGAGCAUCAAAUCACCAAUUUAAACGCUUUGAAACUAUAUUCAAGGGCAGUUUUCUUUUCGUUUGUUCUUUCGCUAGCUAUUGUCAUGGAAGGAUACGACACAUCGCUACUGGCUUCAUUAUACGCAUACCCCGAAUUCCAGCAGCGGUUCGGAGAGAAGCUCCCAAAUGGAAGCUACUCGGUCACAUCGUCCUGGCAGUCUGGCUUGCAGAAUGGGACACAGGCCGGUCAAAUCAUAGGGCUGAUGAUCGCCGGCACUAUGGCCGAUCGAUUUGGCUACAGAAAGACCAUGCUUACGGCGCUUGGCCUGGUCAUCUCAUUCAUUUUCGUUCUUUUCUUCGCGACCGAUAUCAGAAUGCUUUUUGCCGGGGAAUUUCUUUGCGGGUUGCCUUGGGGCAUGUUCCAAACCCUGACGACGACGUAUGCUGCUGAGGUCAGCCCUGUUGUUCUCAAACCAUACUUGACCACGUAUGUCAACCUAUGCUGGGUCACUGGUCAGUUUAUAUCAGCAGGUGUUCUCCGGGCCCUUCUUGGCCGCUCCGACCAGUGGGCAUGGCGAAUCCCCUAUGCGAUUCAAUGGGCGUGGCCGAUUCCUAUCAUCAUUGGCGUACUGUUUGCCCCCGAGUCACCAUGGUGGCUAAUCCGCCAUGGCCGGAGAGAAGAAGCCCGGCGCUCACUUCUUCGACUAUCGUCUUCGCGCGGCAGGGUUGAGACUGGCUAUAACGUAGACGAUUCUAUCGCGCUGAUGACCCUCACUGAUGCCCAAGAAAAGCUCGUUCGCAAUGGCACUUCAUAUUUCGACUGCUUUAAAGGAGUCGAUCUUCGCCGAACAGAGAUCACUUGCUGCGCGUGGAUGAUCCAAGUCCUCAGCGGCAUGUCCUUUGCCGGAAAUACCACUUACUUCUUACAACAGGUUGGCUUUGGCAACUACCAAUCUUUCUCCUUUAACCUGGGAGUUAACGGCAUUGCCUGGGUGGGCACCGUCUGUUCUUGGUUCGUGAUGCAGCACGUCGGUCGACGCUCACUGUAUGUCUACGGCCUAGGAGUAAUGAUUGUUGUAUUGCUGCUCUUCGGGUUUUUCGCCAUCCCUACCCAAACCUCGUCCAUCAACUACGCCUAUGUAGCCUUGAUGAUGAUCUACACAUUUACAUACGACGUCACCAUUGGCCCUGUCGGAUACUGCCUCGUCUCAGAGAUUCCAUCCACGCGCCUUCGCAUAAAGACUACUGCGCUCGCCCGCAACGCGUAUAACAUUGUUUUCAUCGCCGUCAACUUUCUCAAUCCGCAAAUCAUGAACCCGACCGCAUGGAAUCUCAAAGGGAAGGGCGGGUUUAUCUGGGCUGCGCUGUGCUCUCUAUGUUUCGUGUGGAGCUAUUUCCGUCUUCCAGAGCCUAAGGGCCGGACUCCAGCGGAAAUUGACGUCUUGUUUGAUCGGGAGGUCAGGGCGAGGAAAUUUGCCAGUGUUUCCGUCGAACCGUUUCACUCUGCUAGUCACUGUUCGAUAGUUGAACGGUCAUCGUCGGGAGAGUCGUCAGUCUGA